ACGUCAGUCGAGGCCCCGCUCGGGUGUUUCCGUCAGCGUGAUCACGUGGUCUCCGGGGAGCGGUCGGGUUUUUCCGCCGCCGCCGCUCAGGUGGCGGGCGAGCGCCGGGCUGUGAUUGGUCGGCGGGGCCGCCGCCGUUGCUCGGGCGCUGACGUGUCUUUCAGGCCCCCGGCGAGCCGACUCUCCCUUCGCGACUGAAGAGGCCCGCGUCCCCCGGACCGACUCCCCUUCCACAGCACCGUCCGCCGCGUCGACUCCAGCCAGCGACGACAACCGGGCCACCAUGGGCAUAAAAUUCCUUGAAGUUAUUAAACCAUUCUGUGCUGUGUUACCAGAAAUCCAGAAACCAGAAAGAAAGAUUCAGUUUAGAGAAAAAGUAUUAUGGACAGCCAUUACACUUUUCAUCUUCUUGGUCUGUUGCCAGAUUCCUUUAUUUGGCAUCAUGUCCUCAGACUCUGCAGAUCCUUUCUACUGGAUGAGAGUUAUAUUAGCUUCAAACAGAGGUACAUUGAUGGAGCUCGGUAUUUCACCAAUCGUUACCUCUGGUCUCAUCAUGCAGCUUCUGGCAGGUGCAAAGAUCAUCGAAGUUGGUGACACUCCCAAAGAUCGAGCUCUCUUUAAUGGAGCACAAAAACUUUUCGGUAUGAUCAUCACUAUCGGACAAGCCAUUGUAUACGUCAUGACUGGGAUGUAUGGAGAUCCAUCGGAAAUGGGAGCUGGCAUCUGUCUCUUGAUCAUUAUUCAGCUGUUUGUCGCUGGUCUGAUUGUUCUGCUACUGGAUGAACUUCUCCAGAAGGGCUAUGGUCUAGGGUCUGGUAUUUCCCUCUUCAUUGCCACCAACAUCUGUGAGACCAUCGUGUGGAAGGCUUUCAGUCCUACUACAGUGAACACUGGUAGAGGGACUGAGUUUGAGGGAUCAAUCAUUGCUCUUUUCCAUCUCCUGGCCACACGACAGGACAAAGUCCGUGCUCUUCGUGAAGCCUUUUACCGCCAGAACCUGCCAAACCUCAUGAACCUCAUUGCAACUAUCUUUGUCUUUGCUGUAGUGAUAUACUUUCAGGGCUUCAGAGUGGAUCUGCCAAUCAAGUCUGCCCGCUACCGUGGACAAUACAAUACCUAUCCCAUCAAGCUUUUCUACACGUCAAACAUUCCUAUCAUCCUCCAGUCUGCCCUGGUCUCCAACCUCUAUGUCAUCUCCCAGAUGUUGUCUACAAGAUUCAGUGGCAAUUUCUUAGUCAAUCUGUUGGGCACCUGGUCUGAUAACACAGGCGGUGGUCCAGCACGUGCAUAUCCUGUUGGUGGUCUGUGCUAUUACCUGUCUCCUCCGGAGUCAUUUGGCUCAGUAUUGGAUGACCCUGUGCAUGCAGUGAUUUACAUUGUCUUCAUGUUGGGCUCCUGUGCUUUCUUCUCUAAGACCUGGAUUGAAGUGUCUGGUUCCUCUGCCAAGGAUGUUGCCAAGCAACUAAAGGAACAGCAGAUGGUGAUGAGAGGGCACCGUGAGACUUCAAUGGUCCAUGAGCUUAACAGAUAUAUUCCCACAGCUGCUGCUUUUGGUGGUCUCUGCAUCGGUGCACUGUCUGUACUUGCUGACUUUCUGGGGGCCAUCGGGUCUGGGACUGGUAUCUUACUGGCUGUGACCAUCAUUUACCAGUACUUCGAGAUCUUCGUGAAAGAACAAAGUGAAGUGGGAAGUAUGGGAGCCCUGCUGUUUUAAUGGCAUGGAGCACCUCCGUUCCUGAGUGUAUUCAUGAUUGAAGCCAGAGAAAUUUCAGAAUUAUCACAGCAGAGAUCAUCUUUAACCUUUCUCAUCCACCAUUGCUUUUUGUUUUACACUUGAGAAUUUGUGAGGCUGCUGGGUGGCAAAGGGUUAAUUUGGGUUUUCAUUUUUGGCACCGUGUGCUGAAAAGCAAAUUGUGGAAUCUGUUUAAUUAUGGUUAAAAGCACAAACGUCCACCAUGCGAAGUGUUCUUUGUGUGAGUGUUGUAUUGAUGUGUGGUUUACUUUAAUUUCCCCCUUUAAUUGAAGGGGUAGCAAAAGUCUGGGGUGAAAUGUUUUUUAUAUAUAUUAAAAGAAAAAAUGGCUACUAGUGGUUAUUGAAACACAGACCAGGAAUAUUUUCUGGUUUGCUGUUGGUUCAGGCUCUCAUAAUACUUGGAGCUUAACCACUUACAGUAGACUUCAGUACAGCUGACCUGGCUGGGGCAGAGAAGAUGGUGAUUGUGUUUCCUGUUACCGCUUCAGAAAAGCUCAGUGUCGGGUGAAGACCCAGUGAGACAUUGUUGUGCUCUGCCCUAAUCAGAUAAUCAGCUGACCAUAUCUAAGAGUGCGUAUAGUGGACUCUAAACAGCUAUGGGGUAAUGUUUCAGUGGAGAAGUUCCCCCCCCCCCCCCCCCCCAGAGAAAAUACUGGAUUGAAAAUGACCCUACAACCAGUGUGUCCUGAGCAUCUGGAAGGGCUGUGUGCUGGAGACCUGAGUAAUGGCACUACAGAUAUGCCAGUAUUUGCUGUAGUGUUGAGAGAUUCACCUCCUUGGUCUGAGUUUUCCACUCUUGCUUUGUGUUGAACUAUGAGGAGUUAGAUAGAGGCCACCAGUGAACUCUGUAGGGUUUGAUGGCUGAUUUUUUUUUUCCAGCAAAUUUAUUGAAAGUAUAGGUGUACUUUGUCCAUAACCUUGCUGUUUAGGAGCAAGAGACUUGCAUUUUAAAGUUAAAUGUUUGUGGAUAUGAAUUGAAACAAUUUUGUUUUUUAAAUAACACUUUAUUUACUGCCGUUUCUCACAGGCUUUAUCCCUUGCAGUGUUGCAGUAUGGCUUCCAAGUGUCAAUUGGGUGAGGCUGGGGCAAGUAUGGGGAAGCUGAGGGCAUGAAAAUGGGCUGCUUUUCCCCUUCACUAUCUCCCAUUGGGCUGUGUGGUCAUGUCUCACAUGGCUAGGGUGCUCACUUCUUUGGCUACCUAACCCAGGGUGGGCACUGGAGUGCAGGAUGCUUGCAGAAGGGGUGGGGGUGUGUGAGAAGUACAUUUGGUAUUGAGUACAUCUGACAAUGUUGGCCCUCAUCUGUAAAUUCGUUGGUGCCUCCCCUGCCUUUACCAGCAGAAAUCCAUUGAUUUGUACACGAUCCCCUGUGUCCAAAUGAAACUGAUGUCCCUCUGCUGUGCUGAUAUUUCAAAGCCUUCUCUUGCUGAGUGUAAAAUGUUUCAGGAUUUCUUUCUUUCUAUCAAUUCUCGGUUCCAGUUUGGAAUAAAUGGAAUUUCUAUGCAUUCCCACACGUUGGCAGUGACUAAACCGCAAAGCAGUGUUUGUUCCCCUCCAGGACCUGUUGACUUUGAAUUCAGACUUUAUAAAUAAAAGCGUUUUGAGAACA